GAGAACGGCGUUGACGGCGUGGAUCAGGACAUUGACACAGUAAGACUGUCACUGAUGGCCUCGACGUCAUCCUAUCUCUCUCCUCCCACCAUGUAGCUUCCUGUACUGCCCUGUUUUGUUCAAUCAGUGCAAUCAAAGAAAGUGCCCUCUGUAAUUCUCCAUAACUCACUGUAAAAAUUCCAGAGUUCACAUUCACUUUUUUGUGUGUUAUUAAUCAAGACACCACUUAUACUGACCAGGAGCUUUUUGCAUAAGGACAUGUUUUAACCCUUACCUGCCGACAGAUCUCCAGCCAUUCCAGCCGGGAGAACAGUGUGGAGCGGAACCUUCCUAUAGAGGUCGUCUACCCUGACCUGCCCAGCAGAGGUAAGAGAGAACAUCUUAAAAAGACUGUUAAGACAGACGAGAGAAAGAAAUGAGGGGUGAGAGGAAUAACAGAGGACAUAUAAGAUAUAUGAAUAUUAUGUAAUAUUAUUCAUAAUGAUAUACCUUCUUCAGAACCUGGGAAGGGCAGCACCACUCCUAGAAGCAGCAUCAGCAAAGCUCAGGAUGAUCAGUUCACAUUCACAGAGGAGGAAGAUUCAGAUAGUUAAACACACACUGAAACAGACACAGACACAGACGCACACACACACACACACACACACACACACACACACACACACACACACACACACACACACACACACACACACACACACACACACACACACACACACUCAAACAUAACACACAUUAAAAUAUUGUUUGAAUGGCCUGUUGUCUUUUUUCUCUCUUGAACAGCUGACUCGUGGGUUUGGAUCGUCACUGAAAGGGUUAUAACCCUCCUCCUUAUCAGAGAGCUGCGCAACCUCAAUGUCCUCCUAUCCAUCUAUCUGUUU